AUGGAGAGGUCAUUUGACAACAAUGCGGGUCCAACACCCCAGAUUCAAGCCGGAGGCUUUUGUCCCAAUCAACUCUAUGAGAUCUACUUGAUUAUCUGGACCCUCUACGGAGUACGGGCUUUCGUAUUUUCAGCCCCCCUGUUGCAUGUCCAUGCACCACAUGUUGCAUCAGCCACAAAGCCUAUCAAUUCCCAUGUUAUCUCCUCCGACUUGGAUGGUGGGCAGGGUAGCCCCGAGGUGCCAUCCUCUUUGAUAAGUGAUGAGUUGUCAGCGGCCCGGUCGCAUGGUGUUGCAUCCACUGAACCGGGUGCUGCUCGUCAGUCAUCAACUCGGCGGCAGAAAUGUCGCUUUUUCGAAUCCAAAAAGGGAUGCCGACUUGGAGCAUCAUGUCCGUAUCUACAUGAUGCCUCGGCCGUCGAGGCCAAGCAGCCUGUGUCAGAGCAGCAGACUCUAGCCAAAUCAUCGGGAGAUGAAAGCCAGAGCUCGGCACAAGCCAUUGUCACUGGGGCCGAGAGACUGAACAUUGGUGAAAACCAGUCGAAGCAACGCUCUGCCGCAGCCCCUGUCCAGCCCCAAAGACCAGUUUCUAAAUUGGAGCAAUCAGACCCAAGAGAGUUCCAGAUCAACCAAUUGAGGCGGCGUUACCGUCCACAGGAAGUCAAUGACGCACAGGGCUGUACUUUGACCUUUGGCUUGGUACCUUCCGAUCCGGACUUCCCCUUUGAGCUUGAAAGACUUCAAUGUGUCCUUCAUGUUCCCAGCUCAUACCCGAAAGGGCGGCCCACACUUGCGGUGACCAAUUCUGAAAUGGAAGCUGCGUAUCAAGCAAAUAUCGCUAGAGGCUUCGAUGAAAUUGUCGAUUUUUCGUACCGCAGCAAUGGCAGAGGAACUCUUUUAGGCUGGUUGAAUAGUCUGGACAAAAAGCUCGAAUCAUUGCUAACCACCCUGGAGCGUGGGCCAACGCUGAAGUUCUUUGCUAACCUUGGUGAUGGAUCUACAACCAAAGAACCUACCAAGGCCCCAGAGAAGGCUCCAAGCCAGCCGAGCUUGUCUCGAGGUCGUGAUGAAACCCCGAGUGCUACUGCUAAGCCAGCACCGAAGGCACGAACUAUAGCACCAAGGUACACAGCUGAAGCAAAAGCUGCAGCUGAGAAGAGACGAGCAACCGAGACAAAACAGCUCGAGGCGCGCCUUGGAAGAUUGCCGAUGUACCAAAAACUGCAAGAUGGCAGGACAUAUGUUAUUCCUAUCCAGCCAACCAAAAAGGAUCGCCUGCCGCGAACACUUCAGGCGCUCAAGACUGUAAAGUUGAUUGUGCCACAGCUCUACCCGCUCGAGCACAGCUCGAUCAAGUUGCAGGGAGUCGAAGGCCCCGAAGUGAAAGCCACAGAAGUAGGAUUCACUCAGUGGGUAGAGCAGACUUCGCAGCUGAGCCUGGUAUCUCAAGUCAACUACCUGGCGAGCAAUAUCCAUAAAUUUGCUGAAACGCCCUUACCAAAAGAGGAGGAGACCACUGAAGCUGUACCUCCCACCGUUGAAGAGGAAGAGGAAGAGGAAGAUGAUGUGGAUGUGGAGGAGCCUACAAAAGCACCUGCUCAAGAUAACGAAGACAGGCCACAUCUUGUUGUCAUUCCACGGCCACCCGAGUGGUCAGUUCCUAAUCCCGAGAAUGGUGUCGAGGGGACAUCAGACGAGUCUAGUUAUGAGGAAGACGAGUAUUCAGACGAAGAGGAUGAAGAAGGUGGUGCACCUGUCCCCGCAUCAGUGGAUAACAAUGCUACCGGACGAGGCGUUGCACUUUCCUUCCCGUUCUUAGAGCUCUACGGAAUCGAGUUACUGGAAAUUUUGAACCUCAACAUCACGGUCAAAUGCGAGAGAUGUAAGGUGUCAGUUGACAUCAAGCACGUGCCCCAAAUUACCGAUGAGAAGGGCCAGAUGCCGAAAAUGGAGUCAUGUCGGAAAUGCGCUAAUAACAUGAGCGUCGCGUUCCGGAAGCAGUUGAUGCAUUCUCAUGCUAAUCGUGCCGGCUACCUUGACAUGGGCGGCUGUACGAUUGGGGACAUGCUUCUCAGCGACUUCAUCCCAACCUGCUCUGAGUGUUCGACUCCCCAUCCAGCACCGGGUAUACCUGCAGUUCGUGGCGAGAGUGCCAUGGGUAUAUGUCGCCAGUGCCAUCGCAAAAUGGUUUUCAAGAUCCCUGAAGUGAAAUUCCUUCUAUCACUGCUCGAGGAGGCCUUCCCCCGAAAAGAAAGCCCCAAGAAGUCCUCGGCAUUGUCGCAGGACAAGAACUUCCGCGACGCGGUCGUUGCCAGCACUACUCCAAAAGUCAACGCUGGUUUAGAUUCAGCUGCUGCUCAAAAGUCUUCCCUUGUGACAAAUGUCACGAUGCGGAAACAGAUCACCCGAACGAACACGCAAAUCGCAGGUAGUGGGUUCUGGGAGGGAGGAAAGGGAACGAGAAAUCGGACUCUAAUGAGUCGAAAAGAUCCGAGGAAAUUCAAGCGGAUGGGAGCCAAUGCUCCUGCUUCGAGUUCAUCGAAGCGGAAGUAA